AUGCCACAGCAACCAUCACAACAGCAACAACGACAACAUCAACAACAACCAGUGGCAGUUUAUAGUAGUCUUUCGGACUCGCAUACAAGUCGCGAUAUUCAACACUCUCCUCAACAAGAUCAGCUGUGGAAGAUCAUUGAGAAGCAGCGCGUCCUCAUUCAAGGCCUUCAAAAGAGUAAUGCCAUUCUUGCUGCCGAACGUGAUGGACUACGCGACCGUAUUGUACAUCUCGAACAACGACUUGCUUCUUCCAACAAGGGCGAGACUGGCGAAGACGUAUCAGUGCCUGGAUCAAUGACAUGCUAUAGUCCUACUCCACCACCUCGAUCACCCUAUCGAGCCAGCAAUAGCAACAGCAAACACAAUGAUGAUAACAGUAGCAGUAGUAGUGGUCAUCAGCAUCCUUAUCAUCAUAAUGCAGAUAACACCAGCCGAGGCGUAUCUCCUCCACCUCCACCUCCACCACCUUUUGACCGAAGACCUUCCACACCUGCAUCUCCUCCACCAGCACCUUCAACACCUACUUCACCUCAAACCAUCAUUGAAAAGGAUGCUCAGCUUUAUGCUCAAUAUCAAAUGUCGAUCCAACGAAAGGAGAGUCAUCAUUACAACAGCAACAACAACAACAGACCAACACCAAGUAAAUCAACCGAUACAGCAACAUCAUCAUCCUAUUAUCAUCGACCCGAGUUAGGAAAAUGGUCAUCAUCAGCAGUCGAUGUUAGUAGUAACGGCGUCCACAAGAUCCAUCAUUCUCGAUCCAACAUCAAUGACAGUACGACAACGUCGUGGUCACCCUCCCCGAGUAAUAGCAAUGAUGAUGAUCAUUCUUCCCCUGCUGCUGCUGCUGCUGCUGCCGCCGGUGGUGAAGCUCCGCUGAGACUAGCCAAGUUAAUGGAUGAUGUGAUUGUCAAGGUGGUGGGAUCCAAUAUCAAGCGUAACGAAAAAGGUCGUGAGGUGGUAUCCUUUGUCAUUUCUGUGGGAAAGCGUGGUGGUGGUGGUGGUGGUGCAUCUGAUACUUAUGAAGAGCUAUGGCGGGUCGAAAAGCUUUAUUCGGAUAUCCUUGCACUUGAUACCAAGAUCAAAUCCACCGGGGAUCACACUAUCAAGAAAAAGAUGAGCAAAUUACCCGACAAACAGCUGCUAUCUUCUAAUAGUCGUGCGCCAAACAAGAUUGAUCAACGAAAGGUUGCACUCGAGCAAUACUUGCAGCAUCUUGUGUCUCUACCACAUUCAGAUAUCACUGACAUUUGUGAAUUCCUCAGCACGAAUGUAUGCGAACGUGACGUAUCCUUCCAGAAAACGGGACGUAAAGCAGGGUACUUGACCAAACGAGGCAAGAACUUUGGUGGAUGGAAAUCACGUUACUUUGUUAUCAAUGGCCCUGUAUUGGAAUAUUAUGAAUCGAAGGAUGGUGCUUAUUUGGGAGAGAUUAAGCUUACCAAUGCACAACUUGGACGACAAACCAAACCCCAUCCUGCUGUGGAAGACAUUGUAUAUCGUCAUGCAUUCUUGAUUGUGGAACAAAAGCGACCAGGCGUCCAUAGUAGCCUCUCUCGCCAUAUUUUGUGUGCCAAUUCUGAUGAGGAACGUGAUGAAUGGGUUCAAGCGUUGAUGCUCAACAUUCGUCAAGGAGGGGACAACAGCAGCAGCAGCACAUCAUCAUCCAGUACCAGUAGAGCGGACAAUGUCGGUGGUGCGGGCAACAGCAGCAACAAUGGCACCAACACUAAAAAGGCAACGAAAAAGGGUGACAAGACACGUAAAAUAUCCAAGGUGGAAAUUCGACCUGUUGCAGCUGCACCUAUCAGUCAUAUGAAACCGAACCUUGGUGCGGACAUGGACAAGUUAACAUCCGUUCCUUCCGUUAACGUGGUUCCUCUCUCAUCCCCAACUUUGGAUAACAACAAUGUCAUCGAUGAAUGCAAAAGCCCAACAAGUGAUAGUGCUCCAGAACCAUCUCCAUCGUCAUCAUCAUCAGCUACGCUAUCGACAUCGUUACCCAAUAUGCAUGUGUCACCUAUGCUUGGUGGACAUUACCAACCACAGCUAGCGAGCCCACCACCACCACCACCUCCUCCUCCUCCUCCUUCAUCAUCACACCAAGGAUCGACAACUCCACCUUCAAGUACUACUUCUUCACCAACACCACCACCUCCUCCACCACCUCAUCAAACACCUCCUUCACGAGAAAUGCCGCCUCGUAGAAAUUCCACUAGCAAUGUAUCAGAGUCAAUGGAUGAUGAUUCAACACGUUUACGACAAACAAUGGGUUCGCCUAUCCCCAAUGCUAUCCGCAGCAGUGAAGAUUUGGUACUUGAUAGUGGCAACAAUGAUGUAUCGGAGCGUCGUAUCAAGCAAAAAGCCAAUCGUGUCACCAUGUGGGGAAAGAAAAUGUUCAGUAGCAGUAGUAGCAGUGGCGGUGGAUCAAGCAAUGCUGAAGGAGGAGGUACUGGAUCACCUAAUCCAAGUGCAAGACCAUCCACAUCCUCUUCGUUGGCUCCAACAGACAAUAAUGACACCGCUUCAAGGAUGAGUAGCGUGCCUUCUGGUUUUCGUAGCUUCUUGUCAAGAUCAUCCAAUGAUUCCAAUGAACGUCAUUCAGAAGAUAGCAAUGGAUCCAAGCAAGUCUUUGGUGUCCCUCUCGAAGAUGCUGUGCGUGUGUCACGUGUUGUGGAAGGCUACGAAUUGCCAUCUGUGGUAUACCGAUGCAUUGAAUACUUGGAUGCAAAAAAGGCAGUGAUGGAAGAAGGCUUGUACCGUCUCAGUGGCAGCAACAUGGUUAUCCAAAAGUUGAAAAAGAAGUUCAAUCAAGAUGGCGAUGUGAAUUUAUUGGCAGCCAAGGAAGAAUACGAUGUACAUGCUAUCGCUGGAUUACUCAAGCUUUGGUUACGAGAAUUGCCUACAACGGUAUUGACACGUGAACAUCGCGCCGACUUUUUACAUGUCAUUGAUCUAUUGGAUCGAAAGGAUCGUGUCAACGAGCUUGGUCGAUUAGUAUCAUUGAUUCCAUUGGCCAAUUACACUCUCUUGCGCGCAUUGACAGCUCACCUAUUGCAAGUGGUGCAGCAUUCUGAGACAAACAAAAUGACGAUGCGCAAUGUCAGCAUUGUGUUUGCACCCACACUUGGUAUCCCGCCGAGCAUUUUCAAUUUGUUCAUGAGCGAGUUCGAGUACAUCUUUUGGACGACCGAGAACGGUGAUGCUGCCCCACGUAUGAUUGAAAAAGAUGAAAAAGAUAACGAGGAGCAAGUUGCCAAUGAAGAAAAAGGCGACAAUCAGGCCGCACAACAACAACACGAAGAAGAAUCACCAGCUCCUCCUAAUACCACUGAUACGGAUACCCAACAACAAGACAAGCCAACAACACCAUCGUCAUCACCAUCACCAUCACCACCUCUACCAUCUCUUCAACGUAAUCACACUUUGAGGCUACGUGAGGAAUCGGGUCGCAGUAACCGAAACAGUGUCAAUUAUAUGGAUGGUGCACCCAAUGCUAUUGUAUCAAUGGAGAAGAACGUGGAUGGCGUUUCAGCUUUAGCCAUGGAUGAAGAGGAAGAUGAUGUGGAUGAUCUUGCAGUGCUCAAAACUAGCGACGAAGAAGAGUCCUCCGAUCGGGAUGAAGACGAGGUUGUUGAAGCUCUUAUCAAUAAGCGAUACUCUCGCUUGCCGCCACCCCAAGGAUUAUCACCCAUGCCACCACACCGUGCACCAACAACAACAUCCUCCAAAGGAUCAUCUGCACUUCAACCUCUGCAACAAUGA